UUUUUUGAAACGAGAGGAGGUUAGAGGAGCUUGGAGGAGGGUCUUCUAUGUGUUCCCUAUGUCUUUGGUAGAAGUCGCCAGGGAGGCUGAUUCAGAUUGUCAGGACAAGGCAGAACAGGUUUAUGACCUGAUCCGGUGCAUUGAGGACCCCGAGAAGGCGUCCAGUCUGGAGGACCUGGGGGUGGUCAGCGAGGAGGACGUGUCGGUCAGCCGCUUCCCGGGCGUGGACGGCGCAUACUACGUGCGCGUGCAGCUGACUCCGACCGUGCCCCAGUGCAGUCUGGCCACGUUGAUCGGCCUCUGCGUCAGGGUCAGGCUGCAGGAGAACCUCGACUUCGAGCACAAGCUCGACAUUGUUCUGAAGGAGGGAAGUCACCACACCAGUGACGAAGCCUCCGGCGAAAUGGCGCAGUCCUCCGCGCCCGACCCCGGCUUCCGCGGCUUCGUGGCCUGCGCGUGCACGGCGCUGGCGGCGGCGGCGCUGGUCUACCACGCCACGCGCCGGCUGCUGCGCCGCUCGGACGACACCGCGCACUUCCACGAGGUCGUGUUCUUCCCGGAGCUGCCGGUGCCGGCGGCGGCGUCGGGCUGCGAGCGGGACGCGCCGCCGCCGUCGGACGGCCGCCGGCUCGAGUGUGUGCUCCGCCGGCUGGCCGCCGCGCGCCGCUCCAUCGACGUGUGCGUGUUCGUGCUGACCUGCCCGGACCUGGGCGGCGCGCUGCUGGCGGCCAGCCGGCGCGGUGUGCGCGUGCGCGUGGUGCUGGACCAGGAGAUGUCGGCCUGCACGGGCAGCCAGCUGUCGGCGCUGCGGCGCUGCGGGGUGCCCGUGUUCGUCAAGCCGCCGCCGUUCCUCAUGCACCACAAGUUCGCUGUGGUCGACGGCGAGGUCCUCAUCUGCGGCUCCUUCAACUGGACCCGCCAGGCGGCUCUGGGCAACAACGAGGACGUCAUCAUUACCAACAACCCGGCGUUGGUGCGGCCCUACGUUGGCGAAUUUAAGAAGUUGUGGGGGAUGCGGCACUGACAUUGACUGACAGCGGCCAUCGUGGCUUGUCAGGCGAAUUGGUGAUACCUUGUGAUUGUGAAUUGCGCUAGACCUGUAUGGACCUGUGGACCUGCAGGUAGCCCAGCUCACACCGCUCAUUUAGCUGAGCACUAGAAUCACGGAGCUGGCUGACGGUGCGGAAGUGUAGGAGUGUUUCUCACUUAUGUCCAGACAGGCUCACUAGCAGUGAAGGCUCACGGUGUGAAAGGCGGAAACACUCGAGCAGCUGUAUUUGUAAUAGUAUUUUAAGCAAACAUACGCGGGUCAAUAGCUUUUGUAUCUUUCUUGUUUCCAAUCGGACAUCUUAUAGUAUAUGUCAUCAACAGUCACAUUCAUGAUAUCCUGAAAUAUUUCAAUCGUCGUUUAUUGGUCUUAUUUAUCUAGCAUUAUUCCAAAAGUAAUGAUUCUUCGAUGACCAUGCAGUGUUUGCCCAGUCACACACCAUCUUGGGUCGUCUGUUUAUUGACAUGGGCAUAAUUGGGAGAUGGUAGGCUGUGAACGUCUCCUUAGUUUGCUUGUUUUCGCCCCACCGUUCGUUAACUCCGCUAGUGGCACUUGAAUGAUGUCAUGAAUGAUACCAGUUCUGUCCCGAAAUCAAGUUGUCCAUGAUACCAAAUGGACUUGAGCUGGUGGACUUGCCUGCGCCGGGUUUUGUUUACGAACAUUAGCAUUUGAUUCGUGUAGGAGCUGUUUGUUGGUGUCUGUAACUGCUUCCACUUUGUGUGAAGAUGUUCGCUCCAUUGGGCUAUUUUCGUGAUGUGCCAAUGAUCUUUGGCCAAAGUUACCGAUGUUUUAGUGCAGUUCAGUGAAUGGCUUGAGCAAAAUAAAUGUACUCUUGUUCCAUAA